AUGGCUGCUUGUGCUUUGCUGGGUGACAAUGGCGACCAUGUCAGCGGCAAUGGAAGCAACAACAACAACAACAGUAGUGCUAGCCACAGCCCAUUGAACUCCACCAGCCAAGGAAGCAGCGUCGUUGAGCAGCAGCAGCAGAACCCGGCUCGGUCGAAAAUGGUGAGGAAGAGAAUGGCGUCCGAGCUUGAAGUGCAGCCCAACUCAAUCAGAAGCAGCAACAACAACAAUAAUGGUGAUAAUUAUAUGAGGGUUUCGCGUAACCGGAGCGUUAUGCUAAAUCCAAACCCGACCCAUGACAAAGUCUCCAACUACUCCACCACUAUGCUCAAUCUACCAGUACCAUCAUCGUCCCUCAUGACGUCAGGUGGUGGAGGUGGGGUUUUAUCAACUGCUUCAGCUUCUUCUUCCUCUCCAGCCUGGGGUCCUAUCGACCCCUUGUCCCUCCAUCAGCAUCCCAUUCACCACACCCAGAUCGCCGCCACCGCUCCUCUCCCCGCAGUCUGCGGCUUUUCAGGGCUGCCUCUCUUUCCGCCGGAGAGAACCGCCCCUUCAAAUCAACCUAGUUCAACGCUCACUACCGUUGUUAUGGACCAUCAAGAUAGCUCGGCCACGGCGUGGAUCGACGGCAUCAUAAAAGACCUCAUCAACAGCUCCACCAGCGUCUCCAUUCCUCAGCUCAUCCAGAACGUCAGGGAGAUCAUCUUCCCUUGCAACCCCAACCUCGCUUCCCUUCUCGAGUACCGCCUCCGCUCCAUAUCAGAACCGCCCCCGCCUCCGAUUCCGGCCUUCAACAACAGAAGAAGAGACCAAGGUCCGGGGCUGAAGCUCAAUAUCGACUCCACCUCCAUAAAUGACGUCACGACCGUUUUCCCAACGGAUAGCGGUAGUCACCAUGUGAUGAACAACCAGGAGUUGUACUUGAACUGGGGCGCCGCGACCACCCUACCCCAACAGCAUCAGCCGCAGCAGCAUCAACAACCCAAUCCUACCUCCUCCCCUACUUGCAACGAAAGCAACCUCCAGCCUCAGCAGCACCACAUUAUUUCCCAGGCGGUCCAGCCACAACUACAACAACCGCAACCGCUUGAUAAGCAGCCUCAACAAAACUCACCGUCCCCGGCCGCCGAGUCUCCCCAAGCUGCACCGCCAUCAGCCACUCCAGCCCCAGCCACGCAGUCCCCGGCCGCACUACUUCGAGAGAAGAAGGAAGAGAUGCGGCAGCAGCAGCGAGACGAGGAAGGACUGCACCUCCUCACCUUACUCCUGCAAUGCGCCGAAGCGGUCUCCGCCGAUAAUUACGAAGAAGCGACCAAAAUGUUGCUCGAGAUUUCCGAGCUCUCGACUCCAUUCGGCACCUCCGCGCAGCGCGUGGCGGCGUACUUCUCCGAGGCCAUGUCAGCAAGACUAGUCAGCUCCUGUCUCGGAAUCUACGCCUCCCUCCCUGUCUCGGCCGCACCGGUCACUCAUUCACAGAAGCUCGUCUCGGCAUUCCAAGUCUUCAACGGCAUCUCCCCGUUCGUGAAGUUCUCCCACUUCACGGCCAACCAAGCCAUUCAAGAAGCUUUCGAAAGAGAAGACCGGGUGCACAUAGUGGAUCUCGACAUCAUGCAAGGCCUACAAUGGCCGGGGCUCUUCCACAUUCUCGCCUCCCGCCCCGGUGGGCCACCCUACGUACGCCUCACUGGUCUCGGAACCUCCGUGGAGGCUCUAGAAGCCACCGGAAAGCGCCUAACCGACUUCGCCGAUAAGCUAGGGCUUCCCUUCGAGUUCUUCCCGGUGGCGGAGAAGGUGGGCAGUUUGGACCCUGAUCGACUCAACAUAAGCAAGAGAGAGGCCGUCGCCGUCCACUGGCUGCAGCAUUCUCUAUACGACGUCACCGGCUCCGACGCCAACACGCUAUGGCUUUUGCAGAGAUUGGCACCAAAAGUGGUGACGGUAGUGGAGCAGGACUUGAGUCAUGCCGGUUCUUUCCUGGGGAGGUUUGUGGAGGCCAUACACUACUAUUCGGCCUUGUUCGAUUCUUUGGGUGCAAGCUACGGUGAAGAAAGCGAGGAGAGGCACGUCGUGGAGCAGCAGCUUUUGUCGAGGGAGAUACGGAAUGUUCUAGCCGUCGGAGGGCCGUCGAGGAGUGGAGAAGUCAAGUUCCAUAAUUGGAGGGAGAAGUUCCAGCAGAGUGGCUUCAGGGGCAUUUCUUUGGCCGGAAAUGCCGCUACGCAGGCAACUUUGCUGCUUGGGAUGUUCCCUUCUGAUGGGUACACAUUGGUGGAGGACAAUGGGACUCUCAAGCUUGGUUGGAAAGACCUUUGUUUGCUCACUGCUUCGGCUUGGAGACCACCUUAUCAUGCCACUACCAACCCCAACCUUCACUACUGAGCUUAUGUUUGAAUGUAUCGUUCUGUAAUGCAUUGCCGGGUUUUGAUUUUGUUUCGUUGAAAUCUAUCUA